UGGCUGCCUGAGGCUUCCGUGACGUCACCGCUCCCGUGGUGUUGCCGGUUGCAGCGAUGGCCGCGUCUCGUCGCUCGCCGUGCCGAGCCGGGCCCGGCCUCCCUCUCCUCUUCCUCGUCUCCCUCCUCCUCCUCCUCCUCCCUCUUCCUGGGCUCCUCGCCUCCACGGCUGAAGACGUACAGGGACAAACUGAACAUUUCUUCAAAAGUGGCCAUACCAACAACUGGGCGGUGCUGGUGUGCACAUCUCGCUUCUGGUUUAACUACCGCCACGUCGCCAACGUGCUGUCUGUCUACCGCAGCGUCAAGCGUCUGGGCAUUCCGGACAGCCAGAUCAUCCUGAUGCUGGCGGACGACAUGGCGUGCAACCCCCGCAACCCCCGCCCCGCCACCGUGUUUAACAACGCGGCCGAGCAGAUCAACGUGUACGGGGACGACGUGGAGGUGGACUACCGCGGAUACGAGGUGACGGUGGAGAACUUUCUGCGCGUGCUGACGGGAAGGCUGCCUCCCAGCACUCCCCGCUCCAAACGGCUCCUCACGGACGAUCGCAGCAACAUCCUCAUCUACAUGACUGGACACGGUGGAGAUGGCUUCCUGAAGUUCCAGGACGCAGAGGAGAUCUCAAACGUGGAGCUCGCCGACGCGUUUGAGCAAAUGUGGCAGAAGCAGCGGUACCACGAGGUGCUGUUCAUCGUGGACACGUGCCAGGCCGUGUCUCUGUACCAACGCUUCUACUCCCCCAACGUCAUGGCGAUCGGGAGCAGCCAGGUCGGAGAGGACUCUCUAUCGCACCACAUGGACUCGAGCAUCGGCGUGUUUGUGAUUGACCGCUACACCUACCACCUGCUCGACUUCCUGGAGAACAUCCACCCAGCCACCCGCAAGACCAUGACCGACCUGUUCCAGGUGUGCCCUCCGCGCGACUGCAUCUCGACGCCGGGCUGGCGCACGGACCUGUUCACGCGCGACCCGGGCUCCGUGCUCAUCACCGACUUCUUCGGCAGCGUGCGCAACGUGGAGCUCACGAUGGAGACCGUGGCGCUGCCGCGGCAAACCGGCCCCCCGCUCGCCGAGCUCCCGCGGUCAGAAGAGACACUCACCAGCCCUGGGCCUCUCGAGGUCGACUUCGUGGAUCCACUGCCGGUGGCAGACAUCAUCCGAAUGGGCAAGCGUCGCGAGUGGCACCCGCCAAACGCCUUCAUCCUCUCCUUCUGGGCGCUGGUGCUGCUCGUCUUCUUCAAGGCGUAUGGCGCCAAGCACCUCCCCUUCAUCUUCUAGCGACGCCGCCACCACGGCUGCAGGCGGCGGCGGUGGAGUGCGGUGACCCUCGGAGCGCCACAAUGGCCCCUCGCGUACGGCCCCACCGCGGCGCACCGACAAACCGCACCGUGCCACGCAGCACCGCGUUGGCAAAUCCGCGCGGCACCGACACGACGCCACAGUACGCUGCACACGUAACCGGCCCACGCCGCGUCGCUGCACACCAUGCCACACGAACCGCGCACACAUUAUGCAUUGCAUGCACCGCGCACUACACACCGCACACUGCACACCGCACACUGCACACCGCACACUCUGCACACCGCACACUCUGCACACCACGUUACAUGAUUGGUUCCAGAGCCCUGUGAUGGCUGCAGAUUCUUCGGCCGCAUUAUUUAUUUCGCGAGGUUUGUGCGGUGACACAUUUGUACUGUAUAUGCGGUUAUUUGGAUAUCUGGUUAUGCUGUUUUACCGUGGUGCAGGUAUGCCGUUAUGCGGCUUUGCGUCUCGCCAGAUGGCCGCUCUGGCCACCGGGGAAAUCAGAAAUCCAAACCGGGCGCUCGAGUCGCGAGCGAGAACACAGCCCCCCCCCCCCCAUCUCCUCCAUCUCCCCACCAUCCCCCCACCAUCUCCCCACCAUCCCCCCACCAUCCCCCCACCACCUCCCCACCUCCCACCGGUGGGGAGGGGCAGGGGUGGGCACUGAGCCAGGACUUGUGCCGUGGCGCUGUGCCCACCUCUGCGGUGGCGCUACGUGGGCCGUGUUUGUUUACUUCCUCGGUCAGGUGCCAGCGCUUUUCUCGCGUUCCUGAAGACCCCCCCCUCCAUUAUCGCCGCUCCCCCUUCCUCCCCACAUCAUCCUCCUCUCCCUCCCCGUCUCCCGGGAAAUCCUCUGCCUGUGCGCUUGUGCGUUCAUGCGUGUGUGUGUGUACGUUGCGACCUCCACUCAUGGUAACAGGGUCUUGGGUCACACGGAAACCCUGGCACGAGUGCCGAUCGGCGGUGUGCGCUGUUGGUCAUGCUCGAUGGGGGUUUUGCGCAGUCAUUGGUGACCGGGUUGACACCACUUACCUCACUACGUUUAAGGGCCUGGUUUCACCACAACUCGGGUUAAGUUGGUCUCUGGACCCCGGUGAUUAAACUGUUUGGUGUUGCUGCGUUGGCAAUGGCCUAUAAAGACACAAGUCGGGGGCAGUGGCCCUUCUUCAUAGCGUAUGAACGCCGCUGAUUGUACCUCUUUUUCUUUUAAGGCAGUGUUGUUGACGAGUGAUAGUUUUAUCGUUAAUUAUGGGUCUAAUGGGAGUCUGGGUCCCUGUGAGUGUACGGGUCUCUUUGUGAGUCACUGGUGACUGAGCUGAGACCAUCAAACUGGUUGCACUUGAAACCUGGUUUAAUCGCAGGCAGUGGCCGAAACCCGGAUUUAAACCCAGGAUGUCAGUGGUGCCAGCGUGGGGUAGCCUUUUGACUCCAUAGUUUUGACCCUGGGUUCAGAAUAUUAUAUAAUAUUUGAAUCCUGGGGUACAAAUACUCAUAUCGCAUGGAGUAAAAAUUUUCUUUUUAUUCUUUAAUCAAAUCCUGGGCCUCAAAGUGGUGGCAAUUCCUCAGAUCGCCAGGGAGUGAAUCGUCACACCCACCUCCCACCACCACCCAACCCACACACAAACUCUAACCCUGCUGUGGCAGAAUUUGCUUGAAUCAAGGUGUGUGUGCGUUGGUGGAAAUCGCCGGGCAGUCUGCGCUGAGUGGCGUCUGGAUUUGUCGUUGAAUUAGCGAUGCCGCCUUCAUCUCCGUGUCCCGUUGGGUUUAUUUGUAGAGAAGCCAGGAUUGUUUUAGCGUCUGUUUAUUUUAAUUUGAGGCUUGCCGUGUUUAUAUUGUGGGCCCCACGCACAGACACACACACCCUCGUGUGCUGUGCCAGCCUUCAUAGGUGCUUGCUCACAGCACGUGCCCUAAAAAGGCAAUACGGGUGAUUUUUUUGUGUCUUUGGUGAUUGAAGUGCAUGUGUGGCGGUGGCAGCGGUGUCCAGCGUUCCAAGGUCGUCACCACUCGCAGCGUCAUGCAUAUGGGAGCAAUGGUUCGUGAAAUGCACUAUGGGCUUGGCGACCCGAGCUCAUUCCUUGCCAUGGCUAACAUCGGUGGUAAGUGGUAGCUGAACGGGUCAAUAAAAACCAGAGAAUGAAUGUUUGUAUGCGUGGCAAACGCACUUGUGUGCUGAAUAAAAAUUACAGAAUC